AACCAUUACUAUCAUUUGGCUUUGGAAAUCGUGAACCGAAGGUAAGUUAACUUCAAAUACGCUGAAAUAACGUUAAACUACCUUAAAAUUUGACAGGAAAAAAAUCGUUUUUAUUCUAAAAAUAUAAAAGGUCCACGAGUUUCCAUAACAUUUAAGACGUUCAUUUUUUCAAGGCAUAUCCUGAAAUAUGAAAUAUAGUGUUCAUUAUAUGUAUUGGGUUUACGUUUAAACUGUUAAAAUAAUUCAUAUCAUGAAAAAACUUUAAUUUCAGUACACAAGUUAGAGGACCUUGAUGUUGCGAUCACGAGUUAUAGUGACCAUUAUGUUGUUUGUACCGAUUUUAUUGCUCAUGACCUCUUUGUGCUCUGCUAAGGACAACAAAUCAUCAGACACCAAGGUAACUGUAUUUAUACUCAUGGCCAGCGAAAUUUUUUAUUACAGCGAAACAACAAAAAUUAAGGUGGUAUCUUAAUGAUUACUUCACAGCAAAGGCGGAUCGAUAUUUUGAGAAGAGAGAGAACAUUUUCACGUUUAAAACAAUCAAAAGUAACAUUAUUACUAACGAGGAAGAUCAUAGUUUAUGGCUUUUGCACUGAAACAUGACUGAAUUUCUUUAAUCACGUACAAUUUACGAUUUCAUCAAAGGAACCCAAAUCUAAAAUUUAACAUUUAACGAAAAUCUAGUAAAUCUGCUCGAUGGCAGACUUUUUAAGAGCUACAAACUGUUUGUUAUUGAUUUUUUUUCUUUUUGGCAGUCUAUUCCAUCUUGUCCAUCUUGUAAUAAUGGCGGACAAACCGGGAUGUGGACAUACAUGACAUGCGUCCCAGGAGCCCCAGGGGCACCUGGUCGUGAUGGAGCCAAAGGAGACCUGGGCAGCCCGGGGAAGACUGGGACCCAGGGACCACGUGGUGCUGAUGGAAAGAAAGGAACAAAGGGAGACCCUGGGAUCCAAGGUUCAACCGGACAGAAAGGACAGCGAGGGGACAAAGGCGACAGUGGAACUGCUUCACACAAGAACUGGAAGGAGUGUACCUGGACAAGUCACCACAACACAGAUUCAGGGCAGAUAUACGUAAGUGAACAACUCCGCCUGGUUUUUUCCUUGUCUGUUUGAGGAAAAAAAUCCUUGUAUUAAUUUGAAAAAAAGGACAUCAACAAAUAGGGUGGUGUAAAUCGGUAUCAUUGAAGUUAAACUGUUGCUUUGCCUAAGAUAAAUUCAAUUUUUAUGUGAAAUCGUUGUUUCUUUCUUCUUCUUUUUUUUUCAUAUUCAAUGCAGAGCUGUGACUUUGUAAAAAAGAGCGCAAACUCUGCACUCCAUGUCUACUUUGCUGGCAACCUCAAGAUAUAUGACUGUACCGCCUGCUGUAGUCGCUGGUAUUUCACCUUCAAUGGCGCCGAGUGCAACUCUCCUGGGUCCAUUGAUGGCGUAUUCUACAUUGGAACACCAAACAAUGUUAACCACAAUUUCCACAAUCAUCGUCAUAUCGAAGGUCAUUGUAAAAACAUUCAAAGAGGAUCGGUGCGAGUGGGAUUUUGGGUUGGAAACUGUAAACGCGGUGGAUAUAAGCUCGGGGACGCCUUCACCGGGUGGCAUAAUGCAAUGAAUCGUAUCUUCAUCGAGGAAGUACCACCAGCUCAGCAGUAGGCUCUUGCCAUGAGAUCAAGUGGACUUUUAAAACGGGAUCUUAAAAAUUAAGUAAAAACAAGUAAACUAAAAUCCAAGGUUUUUCAUCCGUUCGGUGUCAUUUAAAUAAUAAAGUCCAGAAAUAUAAAAUAUAAUCAAGUAGUUUAUAUAUCGACCUUGGUCCCUCCAUUUUUCUUCUGAUGAGUCGCAUCAGUAACGUAUUUAAUGUUUAUACUUCCUUGGUAGGCAAAAAAACAAAUCUCAGUGGGAGUUGAUUAUAUGACAAUUGAUAUCGAAAAGAGGUCCUUAAAAUUAACAAGUCGACAACAAUUUUCCAUGGUCUGUACUCGUAUCGACCAUAGAAAUGACGUCAAAAACUCAAACAAGUUUCACUGCAAAGUUUAGUUUGAACAUUUUGACUUCAUUUCUAGGGUCGAUAAGAGUACGGUACAUGGAAAACCAUUAUUUGUCGAUUUGUUUUUACAACUGACUCUGAAAGUUCUCGGAAAAUCGCCUGCGGAGAAAGAGAAAAUCAAAUUACGCCACAAUCACAUCAUUUCCAUGGUCUGUACUCUUAUCGAACAUAUCUCGAUCUCAUAUCUCAGCGCACAAGAAAUCACUCAGUUAUUUUAAAAAGUGUUUUCGAUAAAAAUGCGGAAGCUCGAAAUUUAAGAAAAAUGAAAUUCUUGUUACUUUGACGAAUUAAUUAAUACAUCUUUAUCCAUUUCUACACACACUAGCAAACGAAAUCGCACCAAUUGAAACAUUAAAAAAAAGUUGAGCCUUGCGGACUGAACAUGAGUAUGAGUUACUCCGUGUUUCGCUUACUUUCCGCUAUUCAAAUUAGAUCGAAAAUGAAUCUUACUUCCGACCAUUUCUUUUGUCCUGUACCCUUUAAUAAAAUAAUUACACAAAUAAAAUUUGGUGAGACUCACAAUUGACAGAAUAUGCGUAAUUUCAAUCUUUAAUGUCAAUGUGCAUAAUUUCAAUUUUCUCGACCUUGAUAAGUGCUGUUGUUAUUGUGGCAUUCAAUUUGACGUAUAAUUAUCGCGUUAAGGAGGACUGAAAUCCAGCUGGAAACUAGCUCCAUUGCUUCCACACCAUAAAAUUGCUGUAUCCCUGCCCAUGAAAAUUUCAAAUUACCCAGAGCCUAUAGCGCUCAACUAAUUUUGCAUACAUUUUCUCUAAAUUUCGGACUAUCAUGUAAAGGUAAGCCUUGAGGUGAAUAGCUCUUCAAGCCAGACCACAAUUUAUCGAAGACAAUACAAAGAUUUUUCGCUGUGCUUAAAUAUACCUCAAAAUUUAUCAGCUAAAUACAGGUUUUUUUCGAAAUCACAAGGUUUAAUUCAAACAAAGUUUAAUCAGAAAAUACUUCUUCGAAGCUAAGUACAGGCGACUUUCCUCAGUGAAUUUAUAAUAAGAACGGAGAAAGCGAACUGAACAACGUCAUGUCCAAAACACAAUCUAUAGGAUUUUUCAAUGGCAAAAGGAGCAACAGUACUCUAUAAGGUGUACAAAUCUUCAAAAGAAUAGUUCUUUUAAUUGUAUAGUUGUAUGACGAUCACUGAAAAGUUACUUAUGUCUUUGAAUAGGCGAAAAAAGAAUCUCAAAUCCCAAUUUGAUCUAAAUGAUCGAUUCCAUGCUUUGGAAUCAUCUCAUCAUUUAUGUAUUUGUAGCAACCAAAACUACUUUAGCUAGUCGAUAAUCCUCCACUCAAAGUUUGAAUUAAUUUUUGUUUGCCAGAUAUGAUCAUGGAUAGUAAAGGUUUAGGACUUAAGCUAAAUGGCACACUGUCGGUAAACCAAGAGGACAAGUCGGGACAAGUAGAAAAUCGUCAUCGCGGUGUCGAGUGUCUCUAAAUAUUACAAUGAAUAUCUUUCAUAAAACUAUCUUAAGGCUAUUCUUGUUCCCAACUAUGGUGCCUGAGGAUGAUCCGUAUUUGGCCCGCGGCAAUCAAAUAAAACCUUGCUACCAUUACAUACAAAAGUGGAACGGGAAGCUCGAGAGGAUACAUUGAGCUAAAUAUAUGCAACACUGACUGACUUCAAAACUGUUGCUUUAUAGGUUUAUUUGUCGAGAAAAUGUCUCUUGCUAGAACUGAAAGAAACAGCUAGUAUUUUAGCUGUAGUGCGGGCCGAGACACUGAUCCACCUUUAACUUCUGUGCGUACAUUUUGACACGUAUAGACUUCCUGCACGCAUGACCAUUUUAUAAUACAACAAGUUAUUAUCGUUAUUUAGGAAAAAUCAACCCGACAUAAUUCAACUUCAUGAUCAACGAUUUUUGAAGCUUACGCCGAAAACAGCGUGAAAUAAACUAAGGACGUUACUCGAAAUGGGCUCAAAAUACUUCUCCUGUAGUAAAAGAAAUAUAAUAAUAAAUCUACUUUGUUAGAGGGCCUUACCAGAAAAAAAAGGCAAUUUUGCGAUCGCUCUUUGAAGCUGAAGUCAGUGAAACCCAACGUUAUGAAAUUACAAAUAUAGACAAAUGGAUGCGUCUUAGUUUAGGAUUGGUAAUAAAAACCCAACUUGUAUUCGGGACGAUUGGAAGUUAAAGUGACCAUGAAAAGAAGCUAUAGUAACUUACUUCUUCCAAUUUCCCUGCUUUUUAAUAUUUUGUUCGCUUUCAUGAAAAGCGAGCCUGAAAUCUUCUUUUUUGUCGCAAACACUAGGGGACUUUUAACUUUGUAAAAUUUUUUAAUUUUUUUUUAAUCAUUUAGGAGCUUUGCACACGCCGCCGGAACAGCAGGAAAUCAACGUCACAGACACAUUGAAGGCCACUGUCAUAACAUUAAGAAAGGAACAGUGCGAGUGGGAUUCUGGGUUGGAAAGUGUGUUA